UACGCCAUGGGACGCGUCAUGUCAGGGAUGCACUAUCGCUUCGACAGCCCCGAUGAGUACCGAUGGUGGAACGAAAAUUCGGCGCGUUACCCCAACCAGGUUUACUACCGGGAUUACCGCAGCCCCGUCUCGCAGGACGUCUUCGUCGCCGACUGCUUUAACAUCACGGUGACCGAAUACAACAUCGGACCCGCCGCCAAGAAGAACGCGUCGGAGGUUGGUCCGGCGGCCAACCAAACGGAGACGGAGCUGGAGACCAAGGUGGUGACGAAGGUGAUCCGGGAGAUGUGCAUCCAGCAGUACCGCGAGUACCGCCUGGCCUCCGGCAUCCGGCUGCACCUCGCCAACGCCUCCCUCGCCGCCCUCCUCCUCCUCACCCUCUUCGCCAUGCACUGA